AUGCAGCGCAGCACAGACACACUCUCCGAUUCAAAACAAGUCACAAGCAGCAGAGCCCAAGACACCAGCCACUGCAGACAGGCGAAGAAGAGACUCAGGGUGAAGAGCGUGCUGCACACGUCAUACGCCCCUCCGGGGGCCAGGCCGCUCAGCCGGGAGGAGCAGGUGCAGGGCCUCAGCGACCACCUGAGGGCGUGCCUGCUGGCUGGCGAGGGCGGUUCCCUCUAUGUCAGCGGCCUGCCCGGCACAGGGAAGACGCUGACUGUGCACGCGGUGGUGAGGGCCUGCUGCCAGGACAUGGCCGGGGCGACCGAGGGGGCGCCCGUGCCGCUGUCCAUCAACUGCAUGACGCUGGCGGCGCCGCAGGCCGUCUUUGCACGGCUUCUAGACGGCGUGCAGGCGGCCGCGCAGCUUCCCCUCAAGCCCCAGUCAGACGGCGCAGACCCGUUCAUCCAGCCAGGGGCAGGCAGCAGCGCCGGUGGGGACUCAGUGAUGAGGGAGUUGAGAGCAGCUCUGGGCGCGACGCAGCAGGACGCUCUGGCGGACGCGGAUCGGCGGCAGAGCAUGGGCGGCCGCCGGUCGAGCAUCGUGGGCGGCAAGCGCUCAAAGCGGAUGAUCGUGGCCGUGCUGGAUGAGAUGGACCAGCUCAUCUCGCAGGACCAGAGCGUCCUCUACGAGCUCUUCACCCUGGCCACUCUGAAGGGCUGCCGGCUGGUGCUGGUGGGAAUCGCAAACUCGAUCGACCUGACGGCGCGCGUGCUGCCUCGGCUGCAGUUGCUAGCGCGCCGGCCGCAGCUGAUCACCUUCCCCUCCUACUCCGCUGCGCAGCUGGAGGCCCUUCUGCACCAGCGCCUCGCCUCCCUUCCUGGCCCUGUUUUCCAUCCCCAGGCCAUCCGCCUCGUCGCCAAGAAGACGGCGUCUAGGUCUGGAGACAUGCGGCAGGUGCUGGACGCAUGCGCGGCUGCAAUUGACAUUGUGGUCCAACAAGCAACCGAGACAGCUGCCGCAGCUGAGCCUGGUGACGACAUGACAGAGUCCACCGAGGCGCCCUUGGAACAAAAGCCGCUUGUAAGAGUCGGCAUCCACCCCAUGUUCAAGUCCAUCUCGCAGCUGCAGGGUGGGGGCUCGACGGCGGUGCUGGCGGUGAAGGGGCUGCCACCUCAGCAGCAGCUGCUGCUCUGCGCAGCUGCCAACCUGAUCGGUGACGCCUCAGCUAACAGUGUGCAGACGCCGCUGAAGGGAACACCCUCCCGCCGCCUCAGCGGCCUCGGCUGCUCCACACCCAUGUCUGCCUCCAACAAGCGGCGGCUGUCGUUUGGGUUCUCGGAUGGCGUCGGGACCCCCGGCAGAAUCAACAUGUCCAGGCGGCUGUCCAUUGCAUCGGACGCCAGCACAGGGUCUGGUAGCCUGCAGCGCAAGCAUGACUGCAUCCUGGGCGAGCUGCACUCCGCGUAUGAAGACCUCUGCAAGAAGGUGGCGUUCAAGGCGCUGGCGCCGUCGGAGGUGAGCGCGGCAUGCAGCACGCUGGCGGACAUGGGCCUGCUGGGGCUGGGGCAUGCGCGCGAGGAGAGGCAACGCCGUGUGACGCUGCGCAUGGCCGUCGCUGACAUCGCCCUCGCCCUUGCUGAUGCGCGCCUCAUCCGCGGCUGCCUCACCUACGAUGACGAGAUCAACGCCUGA